UCCGCCUGCUCCUAUAUAAGGGGUGGGGCUCAGGACCCAGAGCGCGAGUAGUUGUAAGGGCAGCGUCUGCAAAGCGGGUCUGGACACUGGGUCAGCGGCACGAUGGCAGAUCAAUCUUUUGUGACUCUAGCCACAAAUGAUUCCUAUGUGAAAGGAGCACUUGUACUGGGAUCGUCGCUACAAAACCACAGAACAACAAAGAGGUUAACAGUACUGAUCACUCCCCAUGUCUCAGAUCCCAUGAGGAAAGUACUGGAAAAAGUUUUUGAUGAAGUAAAGCUCGUGAAUGUCUUGGAUAGUGGAGAUUCAGCCCAUCUUGCACUGUUGAAAAGGCCUGAGCUUGGUGUUACAUUGACAAAACUCCAUUGCUGGGAACUAACACAGUACUCAAAGUGUGUGUUCAUGGAUGCAGACACAAUGGUUUUAUCAAAUAUUGAUGAGCUUUUUGAAAGAGAAGAACUUUCGGCAGCACCAGAUCCGGGUUGGCCAGACUGUUUCAAUUCAGGAGUUUUUGUCUAUCGGCCUUCCAUUGAAACAUUCAAUCUACUAUUACAACUUGCCACAGAGAAGGGCAGCUUUGAUGGUGGGGACCAGGGCUUAUUAAACACUUUCUUCAGCAAUUGGGCAACUACAGAUAUCAGCAAGCAUCUGCCAUUUAUUUAUAAUUUAAGCAGUAUUUCGAUCUAUUCAUAUCUCCCAGCAUUUAAAGCGUUUGGGACAAAUGCUAAAGUGGUACAUUUCCUGGGGAGAAUGAAACCAUGGAACUACACAUAUGACUCCAAAGCAAAAAGUGUCAAAGAAGAUGCUCAAGAUCCCACAGUGGUUCACCCAGAGUUUCUCAAUAUGUGGUGGGAUAUCUUCGUCACAAACAUUUUGCCAUUACUACAUCAGCAUGGUGCCAUUAAAGAUACAGCUACUGGUGUAAAGGCGGAAGAGGUAGCAGAGGCAGUGUCCCACCUGUCACUUUCAUCUGCAGCAGUGCCACACUCACCGCCGUCGCCACCAACUGUAUCCUCAGAAGAGCGCAAAGAAAGAUGGGAGCAGGGCCAGGCUGAUUACAUGGGAGCAGACAGUUUUGACAACAUCAAGAAAAAACUUGACAACUACCUCCAGUAGAGAAGCACUUGUAUAUGCUCUACAGACAUCAGCAAUGCAAAGACUUGUUUCAAAGCUAUAGCAACUAGGAAAGUCAGAUAGGGUCAAUUAUACUUGUUAGCAGCUUUGCCACUGCUCAUCUGAGAAGGCUGUUGGCAGUACUGCAGGUAAGAACUGAGCAAAAGCUGUUUAAGUAUGAAUCCUUGUCCUUGUGCCAGUCAUGUGUCCGACAGCCAGAUCUUUUCCUCUUGCACAAAACCUAAUGAACAUGCCUGUAAAAUAACUUGUUGGUAACAGGGCACUUGACUGGCUUGAAACAUACUCCAGGCUUACACCUAUAGGACUGCUGUGCUUUACCUCUUCUUACCUCCCAUCACCCCCAAACCAAGUUUUGCUUGCUAUGUUAACUAGAGGUUAAGGCAGCUACAGUGAAGGGGCCUGACAGUAAGGACAUAAAAACAUAACUGUACAGCAUUGCUUUUCUGUCAGUUCCAGCCAUAUGGAAGACUUCUGACCAGACUUCUAUGCACAGUACCUAUAGCAUGGCAGAUACUUUUGUUCAGUUCUGUGUACUUCUGGGACUAGCAAACCUUUGAACUGUUAACCUGUAAUAUGGCACUCAACAUGCAAAAUAAAAAAAUCAUAGUAAACUCUG